AUUCAGUUUUUAAAAGAGCUUAGAAGUCAUACUAUCGUUCAGCCUGAUAAGCAUGGUCACCCAAAAUUGAUUACUGCCAGAAAUGAUCCUUUUAUUAACCCACAUAAUCGACUUCAACUCCAAGGCUGGAGAGCAAAUAUCGACCUCAAAUCUGUACUUACGACCUAUGCUGCUUUGCAGUAUAUUUCUAAAUACGCAAGCAAGUUUGAACUAAGAUCAUUAGGGUUUUCUGAAAUUUUAGAUAGAACUCUCCGUAGUAGUAGCCCUGAUAAACCAUCCAUUACAGUAUUUCAAAAAUUACUUCUUCAUACUGUGUCGGAACAUGACUACUCUGUGCAAGAAACUUGUCAUUUACUUCUAGGAAUUCCUCUCUACCAAUAUAAUGAUGAAAUAGAUAGUGCUGGAAAAACUGGGUUUUUACCUUUACAAAUUUAUUGGAGUAGGCCAAAAGAAUUAUAUGAUUAUUAUCAGGAAGAAAUCAACUCAGGUUACAACGAUUUAAUCGGUUCUGUUGUGGACAGCUCUGAAGAACAUUGUAGUGAUAGUAGUGAUAAUGACAAUAUGCAGGAAAUAAAUGAAGAUGAAGAUGAAGAUGAAAUUCGACCUAUCAGCGAUAGAGAGUUUGAUUGGGUUGGCGAAAGUCAAAAAUGCUACCCAAACCUUGAGAAUGCAGAUAGCUUUAUUCAUGAAGCACGUAGUGCUGUUGAUACUUCCUAA